GGUUGCAAAAUUAUUGGGUCUGCGCGUUGUGUACUCCUGUCUGGAUCGUUGAACCAUGUCAAAUUGCCAAACGUCAAUGCUAAUGCAGUUUUUUACGUUAAAAAGGCAAACAAAACAGCAAUAUAUAGAUUCGAGUAGUAUGGACCUGUCAUGUAUUAAAUAAGCUUAUGCGUUGGGACACUGGGGAGAAGAUAGGCGCCAGAUUUCCUGAGUAAGGGGAGGAGGGCAUCCUGGCACUGGGCGGUAAAGGCUAACCACGCGGAAGGAGGUUCCCACAGCAUCUCCCUCUAGACUGGCCACGCCCCCGUGUUGCAGCCGCCGUAAAGUGCGGCGUCCUGGCCACGCCCCUCCGGCGCUUCUUGUGACGCAGUCGCCCUGGGUAUUUUUGCGCGGGAAAAGGAGGCAGUUCGGAGCGCUAGGCAGUGUGGCCGGAACCGGCAGUUUUUGCGGAGUUUGCAGCUCGCUCCCUGCCCUUACUGGCCAUGGGGCUGCUGGAGCUGUGCGAGGAAGUGUUCGGUACUGCCGACCUUUAUCGAGUGCUGGGCGUGCGGCGCGAGGCCUCGGACAGCGAGGUCCGGCGCGGCUACCACAAGGUGUCUCUGCAGGUGCACCCGGACCGGGUCGGCGAGGACGACAAAGAAGACGCCACCCGCCGUUUCCAGAUCCUCGGGAAAGUCUAUUCUGUUCUGAGCGACAAAGAGCAGAGAGCACUGUACAAUGAGCAGGGAACAGUGGACGAAGAUUCUGAUGUGCUCAACCAAGAUCGGGACUGGGAGACGUAUUGGAGAUUACUUUUUAAAAAGAUAUCUCUCGAAGACAUUCAAGCUUUUGAAAAGACAUACAAAGGUUCUGAAGAAGAGCUGGCAGAUAUUAAACAGGCCUAUUUGGAUUUCAAGGGUGACAUGGAUCAGAUCAUGGAGUCUGUGCUGUGUGUGCAGUACACAGAGGAACCCAGGAUAAGGAACAUUAUUCAGCAAGCCAUUGAUGCUGGAGAGAUCCCAUCCUAUAAUGCCUUUGUCAAAGAAUCGAAGCAAAAGAUGAAUGCAAGAAAAAGGAGGGCUCAGGAAGAGGCUAAAGAAGCAGAAAUGAGCAGGAAGGAGUUGGGCCUUGAUGAAGGAGUAGAUAAUUUGAAAGCAGUCAUUCAGAGCAGACAAAAGGAUCGGCAAAAGGAAAUGGACAAUUUUCUGGCUCAGAUGGAAGCAAAGUACUGCAAACCUUCUAAACGAGGAGGGAAAAAAACGCCUUUCAAGAAAGAAAAGAAAUAAUGGAAUUUUCUCUUCAAAAGUCUUUAAGUGUUAAUUGGUGCCCUUACAGGCAAGGUACAGUCAAGAUUUGAAGACAAAAGUCAACCCCGCCCUUGAGAAAAAUUGUCCUUCCAGCCUAGAUUAUUCAGAUCAAUUCUGUAAACCACGCAGAAUCUCUCAACCUGAUUUUAGGAACCCUAAAAAUCCCCUGACGUUCUUUGAGGUCCUGUAUGAAGGAGUUUAGUGGUGAUUUUUGAGGGAAUGGGGGUGAGUGGUGUAUUCCUGGCAGCACUUGCUUCUAUGGGUCUUCUGUGCAAGAAACUCUUAUCUGGAAUGUGGGUCUGUCCCAUAUAGCCUUUAGCAGUUGUCAUUUUGGCACACAAGAGUGUGCACACAGCUGCAGAGUAUUCGAAGUGAUGUGUGUGUUUAUUAGAACAGUAACUGUACCUGGCUAGAAAGCCUUCAAAACACUUGCUGGACAUCUGUCUUUCACAUAUUUGCGAGGUCACUUUCAGGCUUAAUAUUCUUGAAUAGAUCCCCUUUCCUUUUUGUUUUACUCAGCCAGCUUUUGUACUCUGCUUGAAGUGUAGGAGAAACAUGUUCAGAUUACCUCAGGCAUCUUUGUAAGACUUAAUACCUGAUGAAAUAAACAGGUUAAAAAGGACUAUUAAGUUGUGGGGCCUUUUAAAUGAUCUAUGUGAUCAUUUAAAAAUCUGUGAUCUAGAGAAACUAUGGAAGGUGCUUAGAGAAGAGAGAAGAAAAAUAAUCCUAGUCAGCUUAUUUACAGUAGGUAGUCUGGUUUAAGUAUCAUAAACAGAAGUUGUCCUAUCUGUAACUGUUGAGUGUUAUUAGGUCGUUUGUUUCCUCAUCUAUAAAAGGGUGAGGGAAUUGGGCUAAGUGACUUCCUCAGAGGUGUCUUCUGACUCUCUACAUUUGAAAGGCAGACCAUCUUGAUCCCGUGGUUUGUUACCAUGCACUCAUGGUAUUGAUUUGUGAGAAAAGUACAGGUUUUUACUUAAUUUAGUCAGAUCGGUAUAUAGUCAUUGGAAUAUAUGGAAAUUUUUUUAGCAAUUGUUAAACUUAAUAUCUCUGAUUUGUAGACUUAUGUAUCCAAUACCAUAUGCAUAACACAGCCCUUCUGUUACUGAGCUUUAUGUAUGAUAACUGAGGCUUUCAGUUUGUGAUUACACACAGGUUAAAAAAACUCUUUAAUUUGUGUUGAAAAUAUAAUUUAAGGCAGGUUGUUCAAAGCAUCUGUCUUCUUUAUAUGAUAGCAUUAGUACACCUUGAUAUAAUAAAAAAGAUACCCCUAUUUAUGGUCACCUGAAUUUAUCCACUCUGAAGAUUAACAAGAUUUAAAACUUAUAGGGUCAUCAAAAUUAAAGUUCAAUGAAAUUUAAAUAAAAUAAAUUUAAGCCAUAGUUAAAACCUGCAUUAUGCCGCAUUUAUGAAUGUCCUCCAAAAAAAAGUCCAUGGUGAAAUCAGAAGAAUGUUGAAGUUCUCUACUUCUGCUCUUAGGAUAUGUUUAUACUAGACCAAUUACCAGAGUUUCUGAAAUUUUAAGGCAUUGCUGGCUUACCAGCAGAUUCUAUAAAUUUUCAAGUUGACUUAGAACUUAAGAAGAAAAUCUGAUAAGGUGAAUUUAAUAGUUAAAAAAAUAUAUAUAUAACCACUAAAGUCCUUUAAGAAAAGCAUAAUCUGAUAUCAAGCAGGCAUUGUGAGGUUGAGCUGUCCUGUCUGAAAAUAUAUAUACAUUAUGACUUAUUACAUAAGUUACUUUAAACCAGUGUUCAACAUUUAUGUCUUUAUUACUCACCCCUUCCAUACCUCUUUGCCUAGAAGAUUGGACAUCUAAAGAGAAAGCUUUAGGACUGACAUCUGUUUGAUGAGUAGCUCAGAGUUUUGACAGAACUGUCUCCUAAAAAUGCCUUAAAAAUGAGUACAACUCUCCAGAAAUUCAUACAAGUGGAAGUGUUCUGAAGCCAGUGAUAUAGCUUCAUGUUAUCAAACAAUCAUUUGCUGCUUUUUGUGUAUGUAUAGUCUUCAUAGACUCUUAUAGAAUCCUAUAAUUGAACUGAUCAUCAUUAACAGACAACAUGAGCAGUGAUUUGGGGAUAAUUAUUAAUUUGUUACAUUUUUGGAUACAAAUUCUGUCCAGUGGAGUAGGUUAACUUAAUGCUGAAAGAAGAUGGUAACUGGAAAAACAGUACCCAUGUAAUCUUUGGCGGAUAUUCUUUUUUUUUUUUUUCCUCAGUCAGUUACACCAGAUUAACACUUCAUGAAGAUGGUUUUAAGUUCUUUUGUAUACAAGCUUCGCAUCACAAGAUGACUGGACACUGAUUCAUGAAAUUCUCUCACGUGUUCCCUGCAGCCUGAAGCAGGUCCUUCUAUUUGCCCUAUGGUCCCUGCUUGGUUCUAGAGACUGGUCCACCUCUGUUUUGAGAUUUUGUAGACCCAUGUAACUGAGGACCUGUCAGACAAAGAUGACAUCAUAAAGUAACAUUAGUAGACAUUUUAGAUUUGGUAAUCUCAAAUUUAUACCUAAGGGCUUUUUUGCUCCAAUUAUCCGUUGGACUGAAAUUUGGAGACUGGUACUAAGUAAUAAAGUAUAUAUUUACCAAGGCAGUAAGAACCACAUUUACAUUAUUUUAUCAUGUAAAACCUACAAGUCUGUAUUAAGAUAUGAAACCUAGUUCUAGAGAAGAACCCACCAAGUAAAACAGACUAAUAUAUGUCUGUUUCACUUAUCUAAAUGUUAUAACUGGCCAUCAACAUGGCUAAAUGGAGUAACUAUAGCUCAGAGGCAGCACUGUGUCUCUUUGAGGACUACUAAUCCAAGAAAAGAAUCCACUGAAAGCAUUCAGAGACUGCCAAAAAAUGCAAAUAGGAACUGAACAAGAGAAUUUACUUGGAUGACAGAUAAUUUGAGGCAGAUUAUUUUUUAAUCUUAUUAACAGGAAACAUUUCAACUGCUUAAUACUCCAUAUUUCACCUACAACAUAAUGAGAAUGACCCUGAUGGUGGUGAGAAGACCAUUAUAGGAAGAUAACUUUUAAGUUAAGAUAUCCUUAAAAUUUCUUCUUUCCUAUGAAAAUACAGUCUAUAGAAUAUGACUUAGAAAUAAAAGUUAAUGGGAUAGACUAAGA